AUGAUUAUCUACGCGGGAUUGAUAAUUGUGUUUGCUGGACUAACAAGUGGAAAGAGCUUGGAAAAACUUCAAUUCAUUGCAAAUACGCAGCACAAGUCUUUCUCAUUCCUGCUGUUCUCUGAUGUCCAUUUGGAUUUGAUGUACAACAACACGGCAGACAAAAGUGGAUUUUGCAGAAAUGAAAGCAUUAAGAGUUCUCACACUGCAAGCUAUGGAAGAAUUGGAUGUGAUACACCAUUGAGUUUACUUCAAAACGCAUUAUCUGCAAUGAAACAGAAAACGAUGCAUUCAUCUAAACUGAACUUUAUUAUAGUUGCAGGUAUAGGAAAUAGCCGUAUUAGUAAUCUCAAAUUUGAAAAACAUUUUAUUCUUGGUUUUUCAAGACCUCAAAUUGGAAUAAGUUAAAUUAAAAUGAAUAUUUGAAUGAUUGAAAUAGCAUAAUUAUAUAAUCUCUGGGAUAUCAUAUCAUAAUCGUUUCAGAUCGAUGAUUUCUCAAUUGUAGGGUGCAUGUGCUGUAAAUAUAUAUUCUAUACAACUGAGCUGCUGCGUUGUUCAAUCACUUUCUGAUAAAGUCGCCACUUUGUUGUUCUUUCUUCACUUCAGGCAGAUCUGCAGACCUUGACUUUUUAUGAUUUAUAAGGAUUCUGGUUGUUAAAGUAAUUUUGUCCAAUUUGAAAUAAUGUUCCUUUACGAACAUGUUUCAUUAUAAUAUUAAAGAUGUAUAAAGUGCAUUGAUUAUAAUUUUUUUCAUUUUUUCCACUAGGUGACAUGAGUUCUCACCAUUUAACAGUAGACAGAAGAACGCAGGUUCUUAAAAGCAUAAUGAGAACAUCAAAAGAAGUGCAGUCAACAUUUCCUGACAUUCCUUAUUUUCCAAGUAUUGGAAAUAAUGAUCUUGCAGUAGAUCACGUAAUGCCUGGGGAAAAUAGCACAUGGUAUUCUGAAAUACUGAAUAUCUGGCAAGACGCCAUAUUGUGUAAACAUUGUAAUAUGAAGUAUCAGACGACAACCUUACAUGAACUGCGCAAAACAUUUUUAUAUGGAGGAUAUUACAGCGUGUCAAUUGCAGGUUUGUCUUUACUUGUUUUUGGUAGUAUCUGUUUCUACAGUAAGUCCGAAAUUUCAGCAAGAGGUUAGAUCAGUAUAACAGACCGAGUACAGACUUUAUUUUACCCUAAUUUUCACUCAUGGACAACCGUGUUUCAGUUAUAAUGAACUGUUCUUUUUAGAGAUCGUGUGAGGCCCAUCGUAAUUAAAAGGACGAAACUAUUGCAUUUUAAACAGCGAAAUUAUGAAUCGUAUAUAGUAUCUUACAUCCUCAUUUUAAAAUCUACCAUCCUUAACUUUUUUUAUAGGGUGCUUAUUUAUCUCCCUCACUUCGAAUCUUGACGGUUUUGCUCCCCUCCCCCCGCAUUAAAUUUGUUCGAAAUCCAAAUUAAUGGCAAAAGAAUGACAGAUUUAUAUUUGUGCUGAAAACGCGGUACGGUAUGGGGGAAACCGAAAAUUGUCCAACAGUUUCUAUGGUCUAUGUACGUGCAUAAAUUGUUAGUAGGUUAGAGGGUUAUUUGCAUCUAUCUUCGUUAUAUUUUUGAGAUGGAACAAUGAUCUUGUUGAUUUUAAACUCACUAUACUGGACAAGAAGUAUGUGGAAACCAAACGAUUACUUUACGAAAAGAGCACACGCUCAAAUGGGUUGGCUAGAAGAGCAAUUUAAACUUGCCAGAAGAAGAAAAAAGAAAGUUGUUAUUAGCAGUCAUACUUCUCUUGGGUAUGUUUUUUCAAGUAGUGACUAUACCAGUAUUAUUUAAUGGUAGUCGCCGGCAUUAAGUUGUCAUUAAUAGCGGAGCCCAAGCGAUGUUCGGCAUCGUUUUCAGUAUUAUGUUCUCCACGUGAGUGUGCUGGCUUGUUUGUUCGUGGUUCGGAAUCAUACUAAGCGUUCACUUGAUGGUACACUUGUUUUGCGCAUGCUCAAGAGCACCGCACCGUUGUAGUAUGUCUGGUUUUGUUGUGUAUUCUAAAUGCGGUGAACAAUGAAAUUUAAAAUUGGUGGUGGCUGAAGCAACUUUAAGUUCUUGAGCUUGCUGUGCUAAGCAUGCAAAACCGUCUUUUGUACUAUUACAAAUAACACGUUUCUAUUCGGUUCAAAGGGAGCCAGUUGAGUUUUCUUUUGAAAUGAAACAGAAGAAUAAAUGUCUAAUGACAUAGCUAAUAAAAUUUGGAGAUUAGAAAUUACAUGAUCAUAAGUCGGUAAUCCUUCCAAUGUCAGUAUGAUGGCCACCACUAAUUUUGCUACAGUACAGCAGCGUUCAAUAGUCUGCUAAUUUAUACGACCGGAAAUAGAUUAUGAUGAAAAAUGCUUGGGAACUAUAGUUGUUUGGUUUGAAAAUGCAAGGGGUUGCUGCAUCAUAUAUUUCUGCCAUGAAAGUGUAGCACUGCACUAAUCAAUAUCACUUUAUCUGGUACACAUUUCUUAUCACCUGAAUGCAGUCUAUCAUGAUUGUAGUCUACAAACAUUAUCUAGCGAACUCAAAACAACGCUUUGUAUGGAACGAGCACGUCAGCAGUCUUAAAUUUUACAUUUUUCUUCAACAGCAAGAACUAUGAACUACCCUUGAUAAACAAAGGUGGGGAUCAAAGGAAAACAAAUUGCCGAGACGCUUGCAAGUGUUUUCUCAUGACGUUCCCAAACUAGAAUAUGCACAUGCACGAUGGUCAAAUACAGCGAGUUUUUUGCCAGUCGUGCGGGCUCAUAUUAUCAGCGGACAUUUUACACAAAACUAUCUGCACUAUUCAAGAGACCUGUUGCACUAUACAACAGGUGGGAAUUUUGUUGUCGCUGGUCAGUAAAUUGCGGGCGUUCGCGAAAAGUUCUUUCAAAAAUUAUUAAAAUAAGGUCAAGCCAAAAAAAUAACUUGGUUAGGGAGCCCGCCCGACCAAUGAAAAAACUCCCGACCCGACUUUUUUUUAUUUUUUAUUUUAUAUAAAUACCUUAGAAAUCUUCUAUUCGGAAAGAAUUUGUCCACUUUUAUAUAAAUAAAUGAACUCUGAAAUUAAUUAUAUAAGUUUGUCAUGAACUUUGUUUGUGCUAUUGAAUACUGUAAUACCAAAUACAGAUUUGUGUUGAUCGAUAUUUGCGUUUAAAUGUUAACAUUUCGUAUUUAUAAAUAGUCUCGACUAUUGUCUAUGCAGUAUUAGUAUAAACCUACUAGUAGGCUAUCACAUAUCGUGCCUUCUGAUUGGCUACGCUACUAGUGGGCUAUUAGUGAUAGCCUACUAAUAGAAAAUUCAAAAUGGCGGAAAAUUCGCGUUUUGCACUUUUGCCGAAGUGUCUGAUGAUAUUUUGGACGACUUGUUGAACAAUUAUGUACUAAAAAACCCCGUAAAAAGCAACAAAAAUAUGGAAUGGCAAUUUUUAAGGGUAAGAAAAUAGACAAAAUAACAUACACUCAAUGAAAUUUUAAAAUUAAAACUGAAUUUUUUAAAACAUUUUACACGAACAAAAACAAAUAUUUGUUUACCUUUAAUGGUUUUAUAAUGUUUUUGUUGUGUAUUUUUGUAUUGUGUUUGCAGCCUAGUUGUAAGUUAAUGUUAAAGUUUAUACUAAAACAAUUAGACAACUCGGCCUCGUUGUCUAUGAGCAAAUAGUCAACUCGGCUUCGCCUCGUUGACUAUUCGCUCAUAGCUAGACAACUCGGCCUCGUUGUCUAAUUGUUAAUUAAUCGCUCAUAGAAAUCAUCGAUAUAUUAAAUAUGCUCAUAUUGUAUAUUCCUGGAAACGAGGCUGAUUUUAUAUGGGUGCUUAAUACAAACUUUAAAAAAAAACACCUUCUCCUUACCAAAAAAUUAGAAAAAGACGACACUCACCAAAUAUUUUUUUACUUCAAUUGGCCUAAGCAAAAAAGUUUUUUGGCUUAUUCUUUUGCAAGAAAAUAGCAGAUUUGCAAGAAUAUAAAUUCGUUUAUUCAAAGAUUAUGGAAAAAGGCCCUGAAUAAAAGACCUUAAACUGAUAUCGGCGAAAUUUUCCGAAGAUUGAAGUGGUUUUGACUCCCUGGAAAGAUGAAAUUGAAAAACUAAACAUACUGUGGAUUUAAAAUGUACUUUUCAUGCUUUUUCCUACCCAUAGGCAUCUUUAGAAAGUUUAUUUAUGAUUAAAUCCUGCAAAAAUCGUGAUUUUGCUAAAAUAGGAGAAAGCCCUAAAUGAUUCUACAAAGCUUUCUUAAUUAAUUCACUAAUCAAGUAUUUUUUUAUAUAAUACGGGUUGAUAUUGGAAUCGGCACCACUGUCUGACAUAGUCUGCAAUUGUCCCAAUAGGUGCCCCUGAAUAUUCCCCUAUAAAUUGCAUGUUUUUGCUAAAUCCUGUUCGUUAAAGCAUAUGUGGUUGAAAGAUUGAUUCAGAAAGUAUGAAUAGUUUUGAAAUCACACAAAUAUCUUUCCUCCUCCCUCCAAUUUAAUACAGGGUGAUUUAUGGAGGUUCUCGGAAGAUCAGCACAAUGAAAGUCUCAAAACCAAAUAUAUGGUUUAAACUGUUGCUUAAAAUUUAUACUUUAUAUUGGGAGAUAAUUUGUUCACAUCAAAAUUCGGAAUAGUAGGAAUUAUUGGAAAUUUCGUCGGAAUCCGAAGCAGUUCCGAUGUGUAAGGUUACGCAAGAGUUGUAUUUCUAUACAAGUUUUUCGAACGUUCUCAUACCUUUCUGGCCUAAUAGAUUAGAAAAAUUUGGUUAGUAGAAAAUACGGGCCCAAGAACCCCCAAUCAAUUGCUAUAUUUACUUACCGCAAGUUUAACCGCUCGGAUUUUAGCGCAUGCUCAGACAACAUUCUCACCUGUUGCACUAUGCGAAACGCUAAGCUUUCCGCUGGGUAGUCUGCGCGGCAGGCGGUAUUUCUACAGGCAGAGAAAAUCAGGGAGGCAAAGGUAUUUCCUAAGUACCGCCUGCCAUGCAGGCUAUCCGCUGGGAAAAUGACCAUCGUGGCGGGGCGACGGGGGAUUAAAUAAACAUUUGCUAUAGCCAGUAGUUGCUACGCUGUCAAUUUAUGACAUAAUAUAAUGGAUAUGUAUGUUUAGGAUGGAUAUCUAUGCAUUUAAAUCUACAUGGAUGAAAAAUUUUACAGAACGAUAUGUCGAUCUGGUUGUGAAUAAAUUUAGUGAUGUCAUUGCAGGUAUGAAACGAUACACAAACCGAUAUUAACUUCUUCUGAACAACCUGUAAAAGACUUAUUUAAAAAUAAUAUAUACUUUAAUAGUUAUUCAGACUAUGAUGAUGAUAUAUGCCAUCUGAUAUGUCGUCAUGGUGUGAAAUUUUGGACAAGUUAGUAUUUAACUCGGUGAUUCACUCGACAACGUUCGGCAUUCGUGGUCAGUCCGUAUAUUUUUCAACAUAGCAGCUGAGCGCUCUUUUUGCAACAAAAGCACAGGAUAGUUAUACAUCCUGAAUUAAACAAAAAAAUACGGCAUGAAAACCCAAAAAAAUAAUGCGGUAAAAAGGUAAGUUAAACAUGGAAACGAAAAAGCCAAAAUGGUGAAAAAGAAAAAAAAAGUCUUGAUUUUAAGUUUUUUCUCGUGGAAAACCUCGCAUGCGAAAUAUAUAGAAAAGAAUCCUGUUCAAAUAGCGUGAAAGAUUUUAAGUUUUUAAUUUCAAUUUAAUUUGGGCGCAGUUGAACAUUAAUUAAAAGAGAUAGAACAUCUUACUACAUAUAUAGAUAUAGCCUCGCGUUUUUUCAAGCAAUGUCAAUGAUGGGGGGCAUUAAGAAGUAUUUGGACGCCAUGAUUAUCUGAAAAUGUAUACUGCAAUAUAUACUGCAAAACUUUUAUGCUUAAUACAAAGAGAAAUUUAUUAUGCUGGAUCACGUUUACUACUUUCAACAUACAAGUUUUCAGCUCUAUAUGAACGUAUUAAAACAGAUGGAACAUUUCUACGUUCUGAGAUGAGUAAAAAGGUAUAUGGUCGUUUUACGUUUUCCCCCAUACUUUUUAUACAUUUGCAAAGCCAUUGUGUCACUGCAUGUUCAUGCAUACUGCGCGUGUUCAAAAUUUCUCGUCAUAAUAGUGGGUUUUUUCUAAUGAUCUAAUCGUGCAUAGCGAACGGUAGUUAAUCCGCAGAUGUCAAAAUAGGAAAAUAAUUUUAAUUGUUAUAUUUAAUUUAUUGACGUAUAAUUGUACCAUUAUAUAUAUUUUGUCAUGAUUUUGAUCCACAUCUUGGAUUUUCAAGAUGCAUAUUUUCAGAAGAUGCUUCUGUAGCUAAAUAUAUAUUUGGAAGAAAUAUACUAGAGGGAUAAUUUAGUUUAUACUUCCUAUCAAUGUCAAUGUACAGAGCCAUCUCCACUAAUAAUAAAAGCGUGCAUUGCCAACCGAAAUUUUUGAAACGUCUGCCUUGGUCUUUGGUAUUACUAUAAUAAUUUAUUUUCUAUCACUGACUAUAAAUUUUGCCUUUUAGGCCAAGUCUUCGCCCAUUUCCACCGGGAUAGUUUUCGUUUGCUAAGCGACAAAAAGAAAGAUCCUUCAUAUCACAAUUCGUCUUACAUUCUACUCAUGCCAUCUAUGUCUCCAUCAUACAGAAAUAAUCCAGCAUUUCGUAUCGUUCAUCUUGAUCCAGACCUCCAGGCUAUCACGGACUAUGAACAAUACUACAUUAAUAUCACAAGAACAGGUUAGAUAACAGCCAAGACUAGCUAUAUAAAUUAAGCCACCCUUAUACUAGCUCGCAGUGCCGCAUUUUAGAACGGGAAUUAUAGGUCUGCUGAACUGUUAAUGUAAUUGUGUUACAUGACGUUAGAUAUCCGUUUCAAAAGAUGGGUUUCGGAUCAGGUUAAAUUAAGAAUAUAAACAUGUCACUGCAUUGUAGCGGCUUCAACUCGUGAUGGAUUGCCAGGAUUAAAUGCACGAUCUACAAGAAGCAAUAGCUUUGGCGUAUAGUUAGCUCAUUUGAAUUUUAUAUUUCCUUUUGGCGUUCGUAUUUAAUAUCAUUUAGUCCGUAUUUUGACUGAAUAUUGCAUGAGCGUUAAAACUCUCGUUUAACGUAUGAAGGUGUGACACCACUCGUUUAAAAUAUAAGAACUUUCCCAUUAAAAUUGCAAAAACAAAAAUUUCAAUAUAUACUCCUACCACUCUAACUUGUACGGUGUUUUAGAAAGUACUACUCAAUUUUCUGCAUGCUCAGUAUAUGUAUACAAAGAAAUUACACGACCCACUCCAUAUUCGAGAAGAGAAACACUUCCAUUUCAACUUUAACUUGGUUCAAAUUUUGAUCAUAGCUCAUGAGAGUUUUCACCAUAUCAACUCUCAUGUAACACUUGUUCUGGUUUGGCCGGGGCACAAGAGCUGAGAAAACUGCAGGCAAACUCUCGUUUGCCAACUCUUAUGAAUUGUCACUCCUUGUUCAGUUGAGCAGGGCUUAUACGGCUGCGGUAUCUUGCAUGUGGGUAGCCCGAGGUUUAUUUUUUGUCCAUGUAUAACAAUGCCAUGGAGUAAACUUAUUACUGAUUACCUUCAUGUUAGUACUUGCAAUUGUUGGUCGUGAUGUGUAGCGAAAUCUUGUGUUGCCUAGUCCAGAUAUAUUGAGAUCCCAUGCGUCGUUAAAUAGAAUCACUUCUUCCUUUGGUCAUGUGUAUUAAUUAUGCAGUUCCUUUUUCUAACUUAGAAAUGAACAACCCAGUAUGGCAACUUGACUACAAAUUUUCUUCACGAUACCCACCAAGUGGAAAUGAUGACCAAGUUAUAAAUGGCAAGAGAAUAAAGAAUCUUAGUGCUAAUCUUAUCAAUCUAUCAGAUGACAGUUUCUUUAAUGGCUAUAUCAGUUCGCGACAAGUUCGUUAUCAGCCACAUGAUUCUUAUUCAAGAUCAACCUAUUAUUGUGCUAUUACAUGUAUAAGAAGGAAGGAAUUUAAUGUAUGUCGAAAAAAAUAUUCAGAUAAUGAUAAAAACACAAGGUCCAAUAAAUACAAAGCAAACUUGUAA